AUGAUUCAAGCACAUCCAGAUGAUCUGAUUUUCACUUCUGGCGGAACUGAGGCAAACCAUUCAGUUUUCCAUACUUUUGUGAACAUUCCGUUGGAUAUUAAGCCGCACAUUGUCACAGUCAAUACAGAACAUCCGUCCGUGCUCGUUCCCUUGCGAAAGCUUCACACUGAUGGACUUAUAGAUCUCACUGUUAUUCCCGUGAGUCAUAAAACUGGUGUCGCGCAUUAUGAAGAUGUGUUGGCUGCCCUGAAACCGAACCAGACGGUACUGGUUUCUGUAAUGCUGGCCAACAAUGAAACGGGAGCCAUUUCGCCAAUCCAACAGAUCGUCCAGAGUAUUCGGGAGUGGGAAAGAAACGUGGCACCCAGUUCCCUUCCGUUGGGACGUGUGUUUGUUCAUUCUGAUCUCGCUCAGGCAGUCGGUAAAUUACCGGUCAAUGUGCGUUCUCUGGGUUUAGACUACGCCACAAUUGUCGGACACAAGCUACAUUCACGGGAGGAUGAGGAACAUCGUUUGAGCGCAGCGCAAGAGAAUGUUUGGACAACGGGACAAGUACUGCCUGUUAGUGUUUAG